AUGAGACUGGGGUUCAAGGGCAAUCUCGUCAUCGGCACAGACAUCACCAACAUUCGUCGAUUCUUAGAUCCUGAUAAGCCUGACUGGCGAAGGUUGAAAAGAUUUGCUCGGCACUUUCUUCUGAAGGACGAGCUGGUUGCUAUUGAGACGAGGUUUCCCUCUUUCCAACUACGCCUUGACAACGAGAAUGAGAGGGUGCCGGAAUUGUCUUCUCACCAGUGCGCCCAAGUAAGCAGAGCGGUUGCUGGCCGCUGGGCUGCAAAAGAGGCAGCAAAGAAAGCCUGGGGUGCCCAUUUGAUCCACUGGAAGGCUUUGAGGGUUUUCCAUACGACAACCUUUGAACCUGUAAUCGUCUGCUUCACUGGCGAUUCGCAGACCUCGGAGAGUGAUAAGAUAACAGAGCAGCAAGGUGAACUCACGAUCGCGCAUGACGGCGACUACGCAACGGCCACCGUUCUGGCCAACAAGUUGCAUGCCGACUUAAUCGCCGAGUUCGUGAAAAUAAAGCGCGAGGCGAAGUCACGCCUCCAGGCU